AUGGCGAUGAAGGACGCACUGCAGCUGGCGGUUCUGGUCGCGUUAUUUGCUGUGACGACCCACAUCAUGAAGUCAACGGACAAGGGGAGCGACGUGCUGGGGCUCUGCAGGAGGCUGUUGAUGCGUAUGAUGGUUCCUUCCUCAGCGUCGGUGGUGGUUGUCUCGGACCGGAGCAGGCAGACACAGCCGGACGAAGUGAGACAGGCGAGCGAGUUCGACGGGAUGGAGGAGAAGGUGCUCAAGUGCGAGGACGAGAUUCCAGCGUACAGCUCCGUCACAACCAACGGCAUCCGAAUCUUUGCAGAGAGCUUCUAUCAUGGUUUCUUCGACGACGAGCACUGGUGGAUCUAUCGCAUCGAGUUCAAGAACGUGGGAAGCCAGAGGGUUCAGCUUCUGUCGAGGAACUUGCAGCAUUGGGUGUUUGUUGAUUCGAAUGGCAAGACAACAGAAGUCAAAGGGCCAGGGGCGCGCGGUCUGACACCCAAGUUGUCACCGGGGAAAGUUUUCAAGUACGAGAGCCGAACUCCGAUCCUCACAAGACAAGGCUCGAUGUACGGAUCGUUCCAGUUUCAAGUCAUUCGGCAUGAGACUGGCGUUGAACCUAGUAAUCCCAUCAUGUUCAAUGCAUUUGUCGGCAGACUUGCAUUAUCCCAGGAAAACGAGAUUGUCAAGGUGCCCUGCGGAAAGAUUGCUGGCGGUAACAUGGUUCCCUUGACGAGCGUGUGGAUUACAGACAAGGUCAUCGUUGGGGUGACGAGCUACUUCCUCGAAGAAAUGGCCCUGGACGUGGGGAAGAGGAAAAUGUUUCGCUUCUGCCUGGAUGUUCAGAUCAACAACGGGCAGGAGGAAAGCAUGUGGCUCAAGCACGUCAGGUGGAGGAUCCACUACUUGAACGGCACCGUCUCCGUCCUGGAUAGGAACGGAAUCUUCGCCAAGGGGAAGGGGCAGACGUCACCGGAGCAAUACCAGCUGGCCUCAGCUGAAACAGUCUUGUACGAGGACAUUAUGGACCUUGAGCAUGCAAACGCUUUUGUGACGGGCGAAAUCUUCUCUCAAGCUGCUUCAUCCGAGGUGGAGGAGAAGGACGGGAAGAGAGGAGGAAGAGUGGAGGGCAUGGGGAAGCAGGACAAGACUAUCAACCUGAGGAUCGCUCCUCUCGCGCUGAAUGCGGAAGGGGAGCCGAUCGAGGAUAAGUCAGGUCGCUUCAAGAUCGGCAGCUCCGGCUGA